AUGCAAUCUAUCUUUAGAGUUUGUUCACUUUUAGGGAAGAGUCACAAAAAAUAAUCAUAAGUUAUGUAACAUAUUUGUCUCAUUUGUUUUCCUAUCGAUUCUGGCAAGUGCAUGCACGUCAUGGUGGAAAAUAGAUUAUUUGCGGCAGAACAAUAGAUUAGACACUAAGCACAAAAGUAAUGGAAAUCAAUUCAGCAUCCAAACUAAUGGUUUUUAUUCUUAUGUCCUUUUAAAACCUCUUUAGUGUUUAGACUUUAGCAGUACAGCAGUGCUUCUAUUUGAAUGUUUUUGUAUCUCCCCAACAUAUUUCUUUCUUUUCCCAUACAGGAAAAAAAAUACGACUUUGGCAGGAUCGUGUAAGUUCAUUGUUUUCCUUUAGGGCAAUGGUCUCAACCUGCAUUCCUCAAGGGACAGAGUCCAGCAACUUUUAGACCUGUUUCUUGUCUUGCAGACUUGAAUUAAUUGGCGAAACUUCCUCACUAGCAUGCAGUCAAGCUACGCGGAGCUAUGCUAAUUAGCUAAUAUAGGAGCCAGGUGUGAUAAAGCAGAGAGACCUCUGAUACUGCAAAACCAAAAUGAAGGUCUGCAACAAAGUUUACUGAAGACAGCAGUGAGGAUGGAGUGUUUGGGAGAAGAGUUCAUCAGUAGCCAGAAGAUCCUGGAAACUGAACUUCACAGGACUCGCAUGGAGCUCAGCAACCUCAUGGGCAGGUUUAGCAGGCUCCGUGAUGAUUGUUCCUCCACACAACAGACCAAUAGUUUUCUAGAAUUAAAGCUUCACUCAAUGCUUCAGAAUAUGGAAGGAGAGCGAGAAAGGCUGAAUCUGCGCAUCUCAGAAUUGACUGAGCAACUGAGUGACGCUCAGUAUGCCAGCACCAUGGAAGAAAUAAACGCAACAGAAGUCAACCCACACUCUCAUUCUGGUGAUGCACUCCCACAGAUGAUGCCUCCAAUCGCUCCCCCACCGGCUCAGUUCAUGGACAGCCAUAACUAUGGGAAAGAAGCAACCUCUGCACCGGAGCAGGCUUUGGGGUCGGUUCCAGAGGAGGAGGAAUCUGACUGGUCCGAGGUGGGAGAGGAGACCCCACGCCUCUUACUGACGGGAUCAAACAGAGGCCAGGCAUGGAGGCCAGAAGAAGCAGACAUGGACAAAGACAGCGAGUCGGGAAGUGAGGACCUAGUGAGAAGACACUCUCCGCGCCCUCUGCAGAUACCCCAUCUUCAGGUCACCGUUCACGAGUUUGUCCCAUCGUCCCACUCCAACACUUUACCUUCCGGCUUCAAGAAUCUGUCUGAGGGCAUGCAUAAGGAGGAGAGUUACAGGAUCACCACAAGUCCAAAUGUUAAGUCUACCAUCCUCAUCCGGUCUGCGAGCCUAGAAGAAAUACCUCUGAUACGCCACGACGAAGAGCUCAGAGGAACAGAGGCCGGGCGGAGCCUUCACCAUUCAGCCGACGAAGCCGUCGAGGAUCUCGACGAUCAGAUCAUUCAUCACUGGCGAAUGAGCAGUGAUAGGGACACGGUCAUCAGGAGGCUGAUAAAGAGCAGAGCGCCCGAGGAAGAGGGCAUCCUAGCCGGCCUGCAGUCAGCGGAACAGCUGCUCAAUCACUUCAUUUGCGACCCGACGUCGGGUGAAGGAAGAGAGCCGGCCAGGUUUGAGAUGUACGGUUGGACCGGGGGGAUUCCAGAGGAGGUCCUGAAAGGGGAGCGAACUCAGCUCUGACUGUACACUGUAAAAAGAAAAAAACAAAACAAAAAAGCUGCUGAAGAUUGAGUUUUCGAAUGCUUGCUAAUGUGUUUAUGUUUUAUAAUAAACUGUAAAUUAGUAGGUACUUUGCUGGUUAACUUCUAAUUGUAUCUAAUUUUCUUUUCAUUGUGUUUCAUGACAAGCAGUCCACUCCCUUCAUCAAUAACACGUUGCUGAACUGAUCGCAAUCCCAGCUAUACAGCAGAUUCUUUUUCCUCUUCUUUCAUUAAUAUACCUAUGAUAUUUAUUACGGUGUAGCGUCAAAGAUUUUUACCCGCAUCUAGAGUUGUCUUUUAAAUAAUGUAUGAUUAAUGGAUCUGAAACGGCUAACAGUUACUGGAGUGAGAUAAAACGGUGUAAACGUUGAACCACCGCGGUGCAGCUUGGAUUCAGCCACCGGCUAAUUGGUUGCAGAAUAUUUUGUCGGAAAAUGAAAAUGUUUGGGGAUGGCUUUCAAACUUCUUGUGUUCUCUAUGCUGUAUGAAACUGUAGACACCAUCUUGUGUGCAUGUACAUAUAUGUAUGCUUGUAUGUAUUCCUAGUAUUUUGUCUUUAAGUGACCUCAUUAUAUCUUCUUGAACUGUAAACUGUGACAAUACUACAUUAGCUUGUCAAAACACCUGAUCACACAUGUAAGUAUGUCUAUAUUCCAUUUAAUAAAGCAAAGAAGUUA